GGACAAUUCCUCUCACACGUUCGGUCUUCUCACGGCUGUGUCAACUUAUUGAUCACCAUCGGGUAACAUUGCCUUAUCCAUUCAAUACUUCAGGGUGUAACACCGAGGUUUGCAUCGAUUAGCGCUGGGUUCACCAGGCAACGGCCUCUUGAGAUUCAUUCAUUACAGAGCGACCAGCUCACUGAUCGGCGUUCGACACAGCUCGCUGGGGGUCUAAUUCUAUACGUGGCACAGCGAUGUUCCUACAUGCCCGCACCAUGUUUGGGACAAAUCACCGCUCGAUCCAGGGAUAUAAGAGACGCCUGCAGUGGGUAACGAUUGUAACCACAAUACCUUGUUGCACGACCUCAGCCGUCUCCUCUUGAUCGGCAUGAUAUCUUCCAUUCUAAUCGCCGCGGAGCUCUUCCUCACUGCCUCAGCUGUAAUUAUCCCAGCCAAACAGUACCAUGUCACUUCUCGACAAGCAAGCCGUUUCCAGUCGCGAGCCGCUCAAGUCACCGAGGCAACCCUCGGAGACAAGCAAAACUUAGCAUACGUCGCCAACGUCACCCUCAAUGGGCAGUCGUACCUGCUGGAAGUCGAUACUGGAAGUGCGGAUUUGGUUGUUGAAGGCGAUGUUCCCGAUGCCCGGUGUCUGAAUGACGUUCCCGUGAAUGUUGUCUAUGGCAGUGGUGCGGAAAGCGGCGUAAUGGCAUUUGCGACCGCGGUGUUCGCAGGGCACACUGUUGAAAACCAGAUAUUCAAUCAUGUAACCGAUGUUGGCCAUUGGGAGUUUGUAACAGGCAUACCAGGGCUGCAAGGCGUAAUGGGCCUUGGCCCUUCCAUCAACUCCGUCCUAUUUGUGACAGCACAGUCACACCAAGGCAACAUCACCGGCGACGUGGACGGUGACAUACCUGCAGGACCAAACGACGGGCACGCAUUCGUAGAACGUAUCUUCCAGGAGAACACAAGCACGCCCAACUUCGUCUCGUUCGCCCUUGGUCGCGAGGCGAUCCCGGGAGUCAACAGUUCCGCCGCAUCCACGACAUUUACGAUCGGGGAGAUCAUGCCUGGGAUGGAGUCCGUCAGUCUGAUGCCCCAGCUACCGGUCAUUUCCGUCCCGACGGCCCUGCAAGGGAACCAGCACUUCGAUGUCGUCCUGGACGGAAUCAGCGUGAACGGCGCGUUGAUCCCUUUCCCUCCUUCGGUCGUAAGCGCCGCGCCCCAAGGAAAGCUCGUCGCAGUAGUCGAUACUGGGAACACGUUUACUUCGCUUCCCUCUUCCAUAGUCGCAGCGAUCUACCAAGCGGUAUCCGGCUCCAACCCCAUUCCCGUCUCUGGCAGCACAGCUCCAGUCUACUCCCUCCCAUGUAACGCCCAGCCCUUCUCUGUGGAGUUCAUCAUUGGUGGUAAGGCGUACCCUAUCCACCCCCUUGAUCUGAGCGUGGACGAGUCAAGCGCUGGGGCUGGGGCUGGGGCACUUUGCUUGGCCGGGUUCAGGGCGCUACCUAAUACUUCGACAACGACGAACACGCUCGCCAACACGGGGGACGUAGUCCUCGGCGCGACUUUCCUGCGAAACGCGUACACCCUGAUGAAUUACGGCAACUUUGUGAGUAGUACGGACACGGCUGUGCGCGCCGCGCCCUUUAUGCAGUUCCUAUCCACGACCGACCCGGUAAACGCCGCGCUGGAAUACGGCCAAGCCCGGAAUAUCACCGUGGACGCAGCGAGCAUCGCUGGUCUGCGGACCGGGGACUCGAAUGCGGCGGCAAGCGCAGGUGAACUCAGCGAUAGUACCACCGACACCAAUGCAACCACGACUCACCACAAGGUCAAUAAACUCCUCGUGGUGGUCAUUGUCCUUCCCCUGGUUGUCUUCGGCCUGUUGUUCGGAGUGCUCCUCUUCUGCUGCAUCCGGAAGCGGCAUCAACGUGAACGCCCGGAUGUAAGAGCCACUCCUUUCCAGACUGGGCAGUUGAGCUACGCCCCGUACUCGCCUAGGCGUAACAGGACGAUCACUUCCUUCCACUCAAACGGGGACGAGGAAGAGAAGGGUUUAGGGGAGCGAGAAGUGUACGAGGACCCCUUCGAGGAUAAGGAGGAAGCUGAGCGGGGUGAGCGGAUGCCUCUGACCGGAGGGAACCAGCUCACUGAAGGGGUGGCGGAUCCCGCUCGCCCUGGGACCUGGAUUGGAGGACAUUCGCCAAGGCCGAGUUUUGAUGGACCCGAACUGUAUGACCCGCCGGUCGCACCUGUUGCCAGGAGCCCAUUUACGCAUUAGCGCCAAGCAGGCAGAGGCUUGGGGAACCGUUGGAAUGUGAGGAUGGGGAGAGUGGCAGUCAUCCCGUCACGGACAGUUUCUAGCAGAGACCAUGAAGGUCUCUUCACGACUCAGAUGUUCUUUAUUCAGACUGUACAAACAUGCUAAUACCAUCGUUGAUCCCGAU